UAUUUCUCUAGUAUUAACCUCAAAAACAUCAUGGGUGUGUUCACUUUCAUAAAUGAAUAUAUUUCCACAGUUCCUCCGGCAAGAUUGUUCAAGGCCCUAAUUCUGGACUCUCGCAACCUCGUUCCCAAACUCAUGCCUCAGGCUAUCAAGAGUAUUGACAUCAUCCAAGGCGAUGGAGGGGCUGGAACCAUUAGGCAGAUCAACUUUAUUGAAGGUAAUUAUGCAGUGGUCGGCUUUAUCGGCAUCAAGAGUCGCGUAGAUGAGUUGAACAAGGAGACAUUCACGUACAGGUACUCCAUAAUCGAUCUGGAUGAAAAGUUUGAAUCUAUUGUUCAUGAAGUAAAAUUUGAGCCAACACUGGAUGGCGAGAGCAAGAACAAAGUUAAAGACAUGUACUACACCAAAGGCGAUGUUGAGCUCAAAGAAGAGGAUGUGAAGGCACGCAAAGGGAUAGUCUUGGGAGCGUUCAAGGCCACUGAAGCAUACCUCCUCAAAAACCCCAAUGCUUAUGCUUGAAGUUUCAACAGUUCUCUUAAAUAAAUUUAAGAAGUCCUGUCAAUAAGUACCCGUGAUAUUCUCUGUAUUCUGUUAGAAGUUUCCGAGUUCCUUCACUUCCAUAUGCUGGUAAACGUCCCUUAGAUUUGACAAAAAA